AUGGCAGGAGCAUGCAAGUAUCGUUUAUCUACACCAAUAGCAGGUUUGGAUAAUAUAAAUGUUUUUCUAAAAGCGUGUGAAAAGAUUGGAUUGAAGGAAGCUCAACUUUUCCAUCCUGGAGAUCUACAGGAUUUAUCGAAUCGAGUCACGGUCAAGCAAGAAGAGACUGAUAGAAGAGUAAAAAAUGUUUUGAUUACCUUAUAUUGGCUGGGAAGAAAAGCACAGAAUAACCCUUAUUAUAACGGUCCUUACCUUAAUCUGAAAGCAUUUGAGAACCUUUUGGGACAAGCUCUGACUAAGGCACUUGAAGACUCCAACAGUCUGAAAAGGAGUGGCAGGGACAGUGGCUACGGAGAUAUUUGGUAUACUGAACGUGGAGAAUUUCUUAGUUCUUCAGCCUACCACAAAAGAGACGAUUCCUUUGAUAGUUUGGAUUCUUUUGGGUCUAGAUCAUUCACAAGCUGUUCAUCAGAUUUAACUCUGAAAGGAGGCAGUGAAGGUUGUGAGAGUGACACAGAUUCUGAACUCACAUUCAAAAUGCAGGAUUAUAACAAAGAUGAUAUGUCCUAUCGAAGGAUAUCCGCUGUUGAGCCCAAAUCUGCUUUACCAUUCAAUCGUUUUUUACCCAACAAAAGUAGACAGCCAACCUAUGUGCCUGCACCACUGAGGAAAAAAAGACCAGAUAAGAAUGAGGAUAAUCGAAGAAGUUGGGCGAGUCCUGUAUAUACUGAAGCUGAUGGAACCUUCUCAAGGAGCAAAUCCUUGAGUGAUAUCACUGCAGAAGAUGUACACAGUAUGCGCCAACUACGCUAUGAAGAAAUGCAGAAAAUAAAAUCACAAUUGCAAGAACAAGACCAGCAGUGGCAGGAUGACCUAGCAAAAUGGAAAAAUCGUCGAAAAAGCUAUACUUCAGAUCUGCAAAAGAAAAAGGAAGAGAGGGAAGAAAUUGAAAAGCUGUCUCUUGAGAGGUCUCAGAGGAGCUCAAAAACAUUUGGAGAAAUUCUCCAGGACCGGGAAAUCAGGAACCAAGAAACCAACAGUCAUCGUUGGAAAACAUUUGAUUCUGAGAGAAUGUAUUCUAAUGAUGAGAUAUUCAAUGAAGCAAAAAUGUCUCCUGCGCCAACUUUGACAAGAGAAAGUUAUGUGAAUGAGGGAAGAGAGAAGGAAGUAACUUAUAGUUCAGAAAGUAGUAAAGAAGAUUCUUCAAACCUUCCAAAGAUGGAGAACUAUGAAACAGCUGAAAUUCAAGUUCCUUCUCAAAGCCUGACAGAGAAACAGAGCUCAGCCUCAGCUUUGUCUUCCAACCAUUCACUGAAUACACAAAUGGGACCUGCUCGGGUUUCAGCAUCUCUCCCCAGAAGUUACCAGAAAACUGAUACAUCUAGGUUAACAUCGGUAGUUACGCCAAGACCUUUUGGUUCCCAGUCAAGAGGGAUCUCAUCACUUCCCAGAUCUUAUACGAUGGAUGAUGCUUGGAAGUACAACGGAGAUGUGGAAAUCACUAAAAUAAUUACAGAAAGUUCAAAAAGUAGCUCUUUCUCAAAAUCAGAUGACAACCAGCUUCACUCAAGCUCAGCCUUAACAAGUGUUGAAGAGGGAGCAAAAGAAAGUGAGAAGAAAACACUACCUGCUACACCCUUGUGUUUGCCCAUUUCCCAGGAACAUGAUGCUUUCCCUAAAUCGGAACAACCUUUAACAUCAAACUCUUUACCAGUUUCUGGAUCUUUAGAAGGGAAAAAUUCUUCAUCACCUGAGCCUUCAAGGACAAAGGAUCAGUUCAGUGAUAUGAGAAUCAUUAUGAUCCACCGCCCUGGGAACAGUGAUGCUGACUUUGGAUUUACAGUAAGAUGGGAUAUUUCUGGAAUCAUCGUGCAAUCAGUUGAAGCAGGUAGCCCAGCAGCAUUAUCUCAACUACAGGUAGAUGAUGAAAUUAUUGCUGUUAACAACACCAAGUUUUCAAAUAAGGACACAGAUAAAUGGGAAGAGAUCAUGGCUAAUGCACGAGAAACUGGAAACUUAGUUGUAGAUGUCAGACGUUAUGGAAAAAAUGGUUCACCUGAAACUAAGUGGAUUGAUGCAACUUCUGGAGUUCACCAUACAGACAAGGCUUCAAAUCUUUCAAUAAGAAGUAAUUUCUCCGAAAGUCUUCAAAAUUCUAAUAUGGAAACAAAAGGAAUAAAUGGCAUAAGUGAUGAAAAUAGCUCUACUGAACCCAAAGCAUCUGAACCUAUUUCUUUGAAAAACUUAAAAAGGCGAUCACAAUUUUUUGAACAAGGAAGUUCUGAUUCUAUGGCACCUGAUCUUCCAGUUCCAACCAUCAGUGCUCCCAGUCGCUGGGCUUGGGAUCAAGAGGAAGAGAGGAAACGACAGGAAAAAUGGCAAAAAGAACAGGAUCGUUUGUUGCAGGAAAAGUAUCAACGUGAACAGGAAAAACUGAGGGAAGAGUGGCAGAGGGCUCAACAAGAGGCUGAGAAGGAGAACUCAAAGUACUUAGAUGAGGAACAGAUGGUAUUAAAUUCAAAUAGUGUUUCUCUCACCUCGCGUGAGCCUACACUUGCCAACUGGGAAAGAAAUUGGAGCCUAUGA